GGGGUUGGGCUGGGGUACAUCAGGGUAUUCUUUGUUUCUUUUAUUCCUCUGCUAUGUAAAGGUUUUGUAUGAAAAGUGCUAAACAAAUAAAGACUGAUUGAUUGAUUGAUUAAUUGAUUGAUAUAUCCAGCUACUCUUGUUCAGAUUUACUGCACUGCAAUCUUUAUACUUGAGUUAAAGUUUGUUGCAAAUAAAUCAGCAAUUAAAAAGUAUUAAUUUCUUGUAUUUGCACAUAUAUCACAGAUGUGAACAUGUUUGAAUGAGUAGCCUAUAUUUUAAGUCUUUAAAGCUUCAAACAUCACCCGUCAUGAGAUGUUUCAUCUUUUUUUCUGCACCUUUUCUGCUACUUUGUCUUGUGCACGUCUGUUUAACUAGUAAAAUAAGGUUCUGAUGAGUAUGUCUUCAUACAAACAUUGAUUGUUUGUAUUUUAAAGAUAUUCAGAAUAUUCAAUCGAGACAAAAACUGUAACUACACAACUUGAAUAAAGCCUGUGUCCACAAGUUUCAGAGGGCAAUGCAUUUGCACGAUAUGCUUUCAGAGGACUCUAUGUUGAGAGAUACACAUAGUUAUUUUGUAUCAGCACUCAUGGAAGAGUGCAGGAAAUCAUUUUUGCGCAGCAAAGCAAAAUUACAAGAGAGGGGGUAAUGUUUUAUUGAAUGUCAGCACAACUGUACACAGUGUACCGCAAAUAAUCGCAGACCUGCUGAUGUUUUGAUAAGAUAAAUUAGCCUCGAGUGUGAUACUUAAAUUCUUGUGAGUGGCUUCUAAAAGGUCAAAAGUUGUAAGCAAAACAAAUUAAAAAGGACUCCUUCAGAAUUUGAGUAGGACUGAAAAUAUUUUGCAUCUUUGAACGUCUGAUUUACCGGCUUUUUCCAUCCAAACAAAGACCCUGUCUGUACUCUUGGAUGCUGAAGCAGACUGAUAAACAUAUUAAAGUCCCUGUAAAGUCCCAGAAUGUGUCAUAUCCACAAAUACUUCAUCAGAAAUACCUCACUGAACACAUGUGCUUGUUUACCAAAGGUUUACAACUGCGUCACAACACCUACUGUUAACACACUGCUGCUCGGCUUCAACUCCUCUGCUCUGAUUCUUUAAUCCUUCUUUAGGAAGUGAGUGACGAGUCUCUGCUUUAAAGCCCAUUAAACUGCAGAUGGCAACUUCAUCUGUCCUCCCUCAGAUACAGUUUGAAGUGGGACACUAACAGACAGGUAUUAAGUGAGCAACAAAGAUCAGGAACUAUAUGUGUGUCAGGAGCAUUUCCUCUGGAACAACCCUGUAGAGUUGGCUAAAUAAUCUUAGUGUGUGCUUACUGGAUUUGUUUGAGGCUUUAAAUAGCAGAACAUGUGAUGGAUUGAGAGGGGUUAGGAUCAUUUUAUCAGACCUUCUGUUUCUCAAUUCAAAAUUAUCCCCUCCUUAAAUAAGUCCUCUCUUUCCCAGAGGUCCAAAUCUUCUUGUUACACAUUUAGAUUUGUGAAGCUGAUGGCACUUUAAAGAUGUUUUUAUAUUUGAUAGGUCUCUAGAGGAAAAGGCAGAAAUAACUGAAACUAUAAAACAUAUCCUACACGCAAUACCAGAGCUUCUUCAGGAAAAAUAGAGCUCUUAUGACAAGGAGCUGGGGUGUUUUAGCUUAACAUGAGCUGAUUCAGCUUGCUGAUUCAGUAAAUCUCAGAGUUAGAGUGCCAGUGUCAUGUCUUUGUCCACCAUUGACUGUGAUAUCAAAACAUUAGUCUCUGCCUGUAUUUACACUUUCAACAACAAGGACGAACUGUUUGUGUGCUCCAGUGAGUCUUACAGCAGCAUUUUUCUUAUUAGGGCUGGUCCAUUGAGGUUUAUAUUAAAGUAGUGCUGAAAGCUGAAUUGUGAAUAUCAUAAAAUAGCUUCUUAUUGAGUUGUUAAACCAGUAUUGUGUAUCCAUAGAUAAAUAUAUUGGAGGCUAAUUAUAGGAUUUCUGUGAAUAUACAAUCUUUGAGCAUUUUUUUUGGCGACAGCUGUGGUAUCCAAAUUUAAGUGGGUCUACACUGUGCUAUUAUUUUAUAAUCUAAAGAUAGUUUUUAAAUAAAUUAUAACUGAUCUGACAGUUUAAAGGUUCCAGGUGACAUGUGCUUUCUGCUUGUGACAUCUUUUUUUUUUUUUAAUCCUUUAAUCUUUGGGUUGGUGAGAGGUCAACAUACACAGACCAGCCAUAACAAACAAACACCUGGGCAACCCAAUACAACAACUCUAACACAAAUUCCACUUUUGUAACACUUCUAUAGAUUCACUUUCUGUAGACAUAGUUAGAUAGGUGUUAAAAUGCUCUUUUAAAUCAAUUAUUGAAGUAAAAGUGGGUGUUGGUGGUGCCCUGGAGCGCGUUAUAUUGACAGUGUUCCUAAUAUUUUGCCCAUCUCCUUGUUUGUCAAUAAAAAGGACAAAAUAUAAGGAACACCAACAUUUCAGUAUUACACACUGCACUUCACAUCCAUGUCUUCCAUUAGUCAGUAUCACUUUUACAGAUUCAUUUUCUGUACACAUGGUAAGAUAGGUGUGAAAAUGCUCUUUUAACUCAAUUAUUAAAAGUAAAAAGAGGGUGUUUGUGUGCCUAAUAUUUUGCCCAUCUCCUUGUCAGUCAAUGAAAAGGACAAAAUAUUAGGAACAGCAACUUUUCAGUGAAACACACAGCACUUCACAUUUAUGUCUUCAAUAAUUGAGUACAAUAAUUACCUGUCUGAUCAUGUUGAGUUUCUGUAGACACGAUUAGAUCGGUGUUAAAAUGCUGUUUUAAAUCAAGUGUUGAAGUAAAAGUGGGUGUUUGGUGUUCCUAAUAUUUUGCCCAUCUCUCCUUCGUUACAAUGUAACUUAUACUGUGCAUUACCCACUAAAAAAGGGUCAUUUAAGGACAGAACUGUGAAUCUUUUUGCACCAAUACUAUAAUCAAUAUAGGACCCAGAAACGCUUACACAAUCAGACCUAUUUACUUGCAUUGAAGUAGGUUAACAUUGACGAAAUGUCACAUGCUGCUCAAUUAUCGCCCUCCCACCGGUUUGUUUACAGUCUGUUGUUUGCAUAAGGGAUUACCUCUUUAACACAUCUACUUAAAAUACGAUAAAAUCCCGAUUUCUAGAAAAUUCAUGGUCCUUUGACUUAGCAUACUGAAGAGUCCAUGCUUCCUAUCAUAAGACUAGGCUAAACAGGAAUCCCGUGACAGUCAUGUGAGGAAGAAAAACACAAAAUACUCACCAGAGGAUUCAAUGAGAUAUUCCGGAUACUGUGUCUCUUACAGCAUUUCCAUUUAGUGUCGAAAUGUUUCAAUGAAAGCAGCAACAAUGGCUGAAUGUACGCUGGAAAACUGUUAUCCAGGAUCACCUGCACUCCAUUUCUGUCCUUGAGACGCCUGUCAAUCACACAUCAGUGCUGUAAAAGGACCAAUGAGCGAAGAGAACGCCUCAGUCUCCGCCUCUUAAACCUCUACAUCGACCAAUCAUGUGUUAGAGGAGGUGGUACUUGGCUCCGCCUCUUGGCCACGUAGGGCUGUGCGCGCUGAAAUCCAUUACUGACGUCAAAGAGCCUGGCAGGCACGAGAGGCGUCUGUCGAUUGUGUGAGAGGGGAGGGGCCACAGAGGGACGCACACAGAGUGACGCAGAAUGAGCUCCACAGUAACAGGAGGACGUUCAGUUACACCGUCUCCACCAAAUGAGGACGAUAAAUCAAACAAAAACACAGAAAUACUGAGGUAGUCUGAGAAUGAACAAGUUUGUCUUUAAAAGUUUUCUUGUCUCCUGUCUCACGUUUGUCCCUCGUUUUUUCUAUUUUGGUGACAAAGGAGUUAUCUUUGUUCUAUACAUAAGGAGACUGAUAGAGAAAAUGCAAUAUAGUUCUUCAUAAAAUACAAUAAAUCAAAAAUAAUCUACCCAGUAUAAUAUCAGUUUCAGGUUUGAGGGGAAAAUAAAGAUCUGUUAUAUUUGUUCAGUUUCUCAAUUGUUUUCUCCAUUUAAAGAUUUAAUAGUUUUGCAAAAAAACAAAAACAAAAAAACAAAUAUAUGUAUAUAUAUAUAAAUGAGUAAAACUUUUGGAUUGGAUUAUUGAACUUCAAGAAUAUCCAUGAUUUUCAUAUGUUUUCAUUUUAUCCUGACCCUGACUAAAAAGGCUGAUAAGUUUAAGCUCCUGUAAAAGGUUGGUUGAAGAGAUAUUCCGGCUUAAAAUUAAUUUAGGGUCAAACACACACCGUAAAACCGAGUUAGACACCCCGUCGAGAGAUUAAUGUUGCCGACCGCUUGCUUCUCUAGUUCUACCAACUUUAGUAACGACCGCAGGAUAGCAAUACACAGCGGUCUGAGGAGCCAUAAACAAACCUCAACCAAAACGCCACUCUAUAGCCACAAAUAAUGUUCAGAACAGCACCUAACUUCAUCAACAGGACAUAUAGGGUCCUAGACAUAGUACUAGACACCAAACAUCUUUUUAACUUUGACUAUUUUCUUUAGCAAAGAGACUAAACACAACUCACCUAGUCUCUUCCAGCGGCCGCUUGUUUGUAGCGAGACCUCAGGCCAGUCCAUUACGGACUGAUGCGGGGUGACGCAGCUCAAGGAAGAACAUUUAUGAUCAUUUCUUUAUCAUUUCCUUUAAGUAAAAAUCAUCAUAUUAAUCAUUUUGUUCUGCAGACACAGUAGUUCUUCUGCCUUAGCGUCUCAGUCUGAUUGUGUUUCCAUGAAGAAAUGAUCAUAAAUGUUCUUCCUUGAGCUGUGUCACCCCACUGUAGUCUGUAAUGGACUGGCCUGGGGUCCCACUACAAACAAACAGCCGCUGGAAGAGAUUAGGUGAGUUGUGUUUAGUCCCUUUGCAAAAGAAAUUAGUCUAGAGUGGCGUUUUGGUUGAGCGCAUGGUUCUCUGUAUUGCUAGCGUGCAGUUGUUACUAAAGUUGGUAUAACUAGAGAAGCAAGCGGUUGGCAACAUUAAUCUCUCAAGGGGGUGUCUAACUCGGUGUGUUUGACCCUAAAUUAAUUUUAUGCCGGAAUAUCCCUUUAAACUGACUUUUUAAACAUCAAACACACUGAAGUCGGUGCCCAAAGUCGGCCACCCCAGUCAACAAAAAGUCUGGACACACCCCUGGCAUCUCCAUUUCUGUCCUUGUCUGUCUGUAAAUUCAGAAGAAUCAAGGUUGCAGUCCCCGGGGGAAACUCUUCUCUGGAAGUUGGAUGAAUGGCCGUGGAUGAAUCAGUCCAGAGGAGGAGGAGGAGGAGGAGGAGGCUUUGAGUUACGGGCCGCCCCUCUUCUCCAUCACCCAGCCCCCCCAAAACAGACGCUACAUUCACCAGAGGAAACGGAAAAGACGAAACAUCCAAGAAGCUUUUUCAUUUCAAAACCCCGGGGCUGUGGAAAGAACAGAGAGUUCCUUUCUUUAAAGCUAAACUUGUCAACUUUUGGCUCCAUCGUUUCACUCCCAAACCCGGACUUCCUCUCCGCUUAUUUCCACGCUUUGCUCCUGUUUUCCCCAGCUGUUUGCAGCUGGCACGAAGCACCCGCCCUGUUUGGGGGAAAAAGGGACCGAGAGUGACCGGAGGAGGAGAGAGAGAGAGAUGACACCCCAAGCUCCACAGACGCCGCAGGUGAGGAAGAAUAUCCUGAAGUUCCUCAAGAGUUUCCUGGGAAUCAUCCGGAUCCUGCAGAUCGUGUUCGGAGCCGGACUUUGGAUCACCAUCGCCGCCAACAAGUACGAAGGAUCCAUUCACUUUGUCCUGUUCGUGGCGGUCCUGUUCUGGCUCCUCACCCUCGCCCUCUUCUUCAUCACCCUCCUGGAGAAGCAGGACCUGGUCCCGCUGCUCGGAGGGGAGCGCUGGUUGUGCACGAAUCUGGCGCAUGAUGUGGCCGCAGCGGUGCUCUACCUCCCGGCCAUCGGGGUCAUGAUCUACAAGACGGAUCGCUACUCGUACUGCAACCUGGAGCUGUACAAGCACAUGUGUCUGUACAAGGUCUACCUGACGGCCGCCGUGUUCGCCUGCCUCUGCUGCCUGGUUUACCUCCUGUCUGUUAUUUAUGGAGCGUGCAGGAAGUGUCGAAGGCAACAGACGGUCAUCUGAUGAUGGAUGGAGGGGGUGACAACAGGGAGGGAGAGGAGGGGAUAAUGGGGCUUUAUAUCCACAGCAAGAUGAGGAAUAGUUAACUUCACUGUAUUCAAACUCAGCAGGUUUAUCUCUUUUUUAGUCUACAGCUUUUUACAUUAAAAACAUCUGUGCCUUACAGUCAGUCCACCAAAAUAGGCCUUUUUCUCUGCUUAGUGGUUUUGUUAUAUGCCCUCAAAGUUCAGUAGGGGAGACCGGAGCUUGUUGUCACACUCAUAUAUUUCUUGGUAUCAAUGCAUCAUAUAUAAACUAAAUGUGUACCAGAUGAAAGACCAAAGUCUCAGGUAUAUAUUUCGUUUUCAUGUCAUUUUCAUAUCAUGUGUCAGUGCAGAGUUAUAAGCGAUCAAACAGAGAGUGUGAACAUGUGACAUGUUGCCCUACCAUUGGGUAAGUUGUCUCACCACAUGGGGAUUUUGCAGCUACUAAAACAAGGACAUAAAUAGUGUUGUUCCCAUUUUUUUUCACAUGAAAGUGAGCGUCAAAAUCAGGCACAGGAAAUGUUUAUCAUUGAGCAAGAAAAAGUCAUUAAACGAACGUUAACAUCAAAUAUUAUGCAACUGUUUUUCUGUUGAAAUUCCUGACCACGUCCUCUCACUUUCUUUUCCCCUUUAAACCACUCUUUUAAAGUUUCAAUAUGUCAACUGCUGAUAAACAGACUCUCUGUGUUAAUUUUAAAUCCAUUUUAAACAUGCGACAACUAACCCCAAAUGACUGAGACAUGUUGCCCCAAACGACCAUGUCUGCUAAUUAAAGCUCUAUUUUAAAGUUAGCUUUAAACAGAACAAUGACUGAGGUCUGACAGGAUGCCAUAAUCUUUCCUCUAACAAGUCCACAUGUAUCACUGCGAGGAUUUUAAUCUGGAAGAAGCUUAUUUUAAAGAUAUAAAGUUAAAUUUUUUUUUACUUUAGGUUGUGCAAAAUGGUUAUUUGGCGCUCAUCUCAGCUCACAAUGUUCUCCUCUCAGAUAGUACACGACCCCUAACCAUAUAAAGGAAGAAAACUAGUAUUCCACUUUUUAGUUGCGCCCCCUGGUGGCAAAGAUAAUUGCAAUGUGACAACAAGCCCCGGUCCCCAAUGUGUUAAGUUUACAUCUCACUUCCAAAUCUGUGGUUGCUAACCAUGGAGUUACGACUGAACAUGUAUCAGUCAGUGCGUUUACAUGCACAGCUUAAUCGGACUGAACUCAUAAUUCAUUUUUUUCGCUGAAUUGGAUUACUCUCCUCGUCCGCGUAUACAUGCAGCUGAGAAAAUUGAGCGUGUCCUCCUCCCCAAAACUAGGAGGCGAUACGGAUCUUUUUAGCGGCGCUGUUUCCGACCCCAUACAACCGUCAACAACAACAGCAGGUUUGUGUCAGACGUCAGAAGUGUCUAAAACUGCUGGGCAUUUUCGAGCAAAAAGAUGGAGCAUCGUAGAGCUUUGUUUUUGUCAUACAUGAUGUACACGCUACUUUUUCUGCAGAUGAGAUGCACGCUACUCCUCUUCUCUGGUGUUUUUGUUACGUGGUUACGGGGGCGUGGCGCACAUGCAUUAUCCGAUCAUACUCUGACUACGCUGGUUACAUGGUAGAGAAAAUCGAAUUCCAAUCGCAUUAUCUGGGUGUCUUAAUCGGAGUUCUCCGACUCCAGUCUGAGUUCUCAAACUAAGGUGUUUACAUGCACUUCAGUUGUCCGGUCUUAAUCGGAGUAAGACGAUAAUUUGGUUUUCUUGAGUGUCAUGUAAACUUCGGCACAGCCUCAGCUGCAGUCAGUACACCGAUGAACCAUUUGUUUCUAUUAAAAAGAAUGAACUGGUUUUGAGUAAAUUAAACAAACAACGACAGAUAGAACAGAGUAAAGAUAGUCAAAAUCCAUUAAAAUGUAAAGAAUCUGUGUUUUUUUAUCAUAUAAAGUCAAUAUUAUAAUCCUCUAGGUGUCAGAAUCAAGCAACAUCAAACAUUCUCCAUGCUGACUUUAAAAUCGUGGUUCAGAUCAGGUCGAAAUUGUACUAGGAAGGCUCAAUAUUGGAUCGGUUUAAGGGGCAAGUGAAAUGCGUUGUUGGGAUGUUCAACUGGGACCAUUAGUCAGCUGGCACACCCAAAAUUAAGCGCAUUUGACUGACACAGGUCACAGAGUCCGAAGGUCAACAGGUAGAUAGGUUAACUCCAGUUGGCUAUCACCAGCAGAGCUAGUACCCCCAGCGUUCAACCCUGAAUAUGCAUUGCUCUGUUUGAGAAGACACAUUUCCAUUAAAUCACUGCCAAACUAUGCCACGCUGUGAUACUAUCUGUCAUCCCUGCAUAUUUACAUCUACAUCUACAUCUACAGCUUUGAUACAUGAUGCAUUUUGGGCCUAGAACAAGACAAAUACAAAUAAAUGGUUGAACUGACUAGUCGGUCUGAUGCAGACUGACUAGGGUGAUGAUACUGACUGAAUGUGCACACGUCCAUUUUCGAUACAAUAAUUAUUUUAUGGUUACUUUAUCUUGUUUCCCCUUUGAAACCAUAAUGAUAGUCCUCGAUUGGUUUAUUGUAACAGUGUUAUAAAGUUUUAUGGUACAAUACAACAUCUUUUUUAUUUGUUUUCUUGUUCACCAUCGACUAGUCUGAAAAUGUAGUAGAAGCAACCCUCAAAAUCGUACAGUGUUCAUUUCUUAUCAUGUAACAGCAGUGCCAGUGAUGUAAAAAGUGAUAUUUGCCAAAGCUUUUAUACACAAAGAAUGAGUAGAGGGGAUUUUCUUUGUUGAGCUGUACCCCCUUCUUAUGUUAAUUUAUGUAAUAUCCAUAAUAAGAACAAUAUAAUGUUUCUGUUUGAAAUUAUUAUAGUGUGCUUUAAGUAUAUUACAUGUAAAGUUUGUAGUACAGUGCUACUUUUCUUUAUUUGUGUUGGUAACUUUCUGACACUCCACAUGGGAUCACCUUCGCUGUUUUCUUUCUUUUUUUUUUUACAAGAAGUUUUUAAAGUUUAUAUUUUUAUGCAUUUACGUGUUUUCAAACUCCACUGAACAGCUACCAAAGCGGGUUGGACUUACACACUUUGUUAUCUUUUGUUUUGUCAGGCAAAAAAAGGGUGAAAUGUUUUAACAGUGCUUUAUGUCGCAGAGUUUUCUACUAAUUAAGGUUGUUUGGAUGGAUAUAUUGGUGCUAACAAUGAGUAUGCUGAACAAAAACUCCCCUCAAGUGUUCACAGUGUAAAACCAAAGAGCAAAACAAGUGCAGAAAUAAAGACCAGUGAGCGAGAGGCUGAGAUGAUUCUUUGGCUGCGAUCACAUAUUUGUUCUCAUAUCGACGAGGCGAGGGUAACAUGUUUGUAAAUGCUUUGUUACUUUGAGCGAAAUAAAUUCAGUAAAAGAG